CCCCACAGUAAGCUUCCUGAGGAUGUAAAGAAGCAGACAGAGAGAGCAUCUGAGCUUUGCCACCCAGCAGGAGAGCUAAUUCUGGGUAAUGUGAAUUAACAGAAAGUCUUGUUCUAAUAGUGGGAUAAAUCUGAUGCUUGGCAUUCUCUGAGUGAGGGGAAACCUGUGCACGUACAACUGUGGGUGAGUACGAAUCUGUGUGUAAUCUCUGUGAGUAAGUGUGCAUUAUCUAUAAUCGGUAUGAGUGUAGACGUGCGCUGUGUAUGUAGUAUGUGUAUGUGUGCAAAUGUUUGUGUAAUGUAUGCUUGUGUAAGCACGCAUUGUGUGUAAUAUGUGUUACCGGACAAUCGAAUGUGUGAUCUGUGUGCGUAAUAGUGCUGUGUGUAUAAUUGUUACUGUUUGUAGGUGUGCAAAAAUCUAAUGUUUGUCUGUAAUGAUGAAGUGCGUGAGUGUUUAAUCUUAAUCCGUGCGUUUUAACCUGUCCCGUGUGUGUAAAAAUGUACACCAAUUUAGAUCUGGUACCAAAAAACAUGGUCUUUGCAUUUCCUGUUUUUUGUUGUUUUGGGGGGUUUAUUUUUUUUUGUCCAUAUCUACAAGUUUAGAAUUUAUAUUCUACAAUUUACUCCGUUAAAACACAUGCAAUCGCAUUGUCCAUAAAAACUAAGUGCCUAUUUUCAUGGUGAGCUGUAUAUGAAUAUAUGGAAUUAAGAUUUAAGCACUUUGAGAGCCUCUUUGCCUUGCAUGCAUUUUACUAACCCUGUAAAUAUAACGCUCAGAACAGGUUCUCAGUGUGGAUAUUAAAGGAACACUAUUGCGUUAGGAAUACAAAUCUGUAUUCCUGACGUUAUAGAGCUGCACUAUCUAUGUAGAUUGAGUGCAGCCGCAGAAUGAAUGACCUCCCUUCCUGUGCUGGUUUUAUUGCGGCCACCUUGCCUUUCAGACUGAGAUCAUCAAUCUUGAUGAUAUCAACCAAUCCAAUGUUUCCCCAUAAAAGAAGGAUUGUGCGCAUGGAUUAAAAAUCGCAAAUUGCACCACUUCGCCGAUUAGCAUCUCUUCAUAGAAUUAUGGUAUCUCUUUGUGGAGCUUUCAGUAACUCCAUGCAGAGUGUGGAGACACUGAACAAUAGGUCCUGCAAUCCUUCUCGCCAAGGAAGCCCCUCUAGUGGCUGUCCGAGUGAUAGCAACUAGAGAUGGACAUAGGCAGCAAAGUAAAAACUCUUUUUUCUCAGAAAAAGCAGCGUUUUCACUGCUGAGCCUGCAGUGAUUAAGCUUAAAGGGACACUAUAGUCACCUGAACAACUUUAGCUUAAUGAAGCAGUUUUGGUGUAUAGAACAUGCCCCUGCAGCCUCACUGCUCAAUCCUCUGCCAUUUAGGAGUUAAAUCCCUUUGUUUAUGAACCCUAGUCACACCUCCCUGCAUGUGACUUGCACAGCCUUCCAUAAACACUUCCUGUAAAGAGAGCCCUAUUUAGGCUUUCUUUAUUGCAAGUUCUGUUUAAUUAAGAUUUUCUUAUCCCCUGCUAUGUUAAUAGCUUGCUAGACCCUGCAAGAGCCUCUUGUAUGUGAUUAAAGUUCAAUUUAGAGAUUGAGAUGCAAUUAUUUAAGGUAAAUUACAUCUGUUUGAAAGUGAAACCAGUUUUUUUUUUCAUGCAAGCUCUGUCAAUCAUAGCCAGGGGAGGUGUGGCUAGGGCUGCAUAAACAGAAACAAAGUGAUUUAACUCCUAAAUGACAGUGUAAUGAGCAUUGAAAUUGCAGGGGAAUGAUCUAUACACUAAAACUGCUUUAUUUAGCUAAAGUAAUUUAGGUGACUAUAGUGUUCCUUUAACCACUAGCUAAGAUUUAGUGUUUCUGGUGACUAUAGUUUCCCUUUAAUAUGGGUACACAGGUAAUUUCUGGUGCAGUCCAGGAUGUGGGUUAUGUAUUUUGCCUAGCAGAACAUCACAAAAACACAGUUAUUAUUAUUAUUGUUGCCAUUUAUAUAGCGCCAACAGAUUCCGUAGCACUUUACACUAUUAUAAGAGGAAGGAUUUAACUAUAAAUAGGACAAUUACAAGAAAACUUACAGGAAUGAUAGGUUGAAGAGGACCCUGCUCAAACGAGCUUACAGUCUACAGUUCUACAAUUUUACAUCAGAUAAAGGACCACUAUAGGCACCCAGACCACUUCAGCCUAAUGAAGUGGUCUGGGUGCCAGGUCCAUCUAGGAUUAACCCUGCCUGCUGUAAACAUAGCAGUUUUGAGAAUGCUUUCCUGUGGACUGGCUGAAUGCGCACACCCGAUGACGGGGAAAGGAGGCUGCGAAUCCCCCAUCGCCGAGGGAGCCCGGCGGUGAAGAAAAGGUAUGUGUUUAACCCUUUCCUCACCCUAGAGCCUGGCGGGAGGGGGGCCAUGAGGGUGAAGGGGACCCAAGGACCCUAUAGAGCCAGGAAAACGAGUAUGUUUUCCUGGCACUAUAGUGGUCCUUUAAGGCGAUUGCAUUGGGCCCUUAUACUAUUUUUAUGUGAUUUAUGUCUGGCAGUAAUUUUUAUCAAGAAAUCAUCGUCUUUUGCAUGAAAGAUAAAAGGACAAUACACAGGAAAGAUCAUGGUCACAUUUUUCAAGGAUUAUAAAAAAUUUUACUGAAAAAAGUAAGUAUUCAACUUGUGUAUGUUUUCCCCCCCACAAACAUUGCUCUUUAAUAGCUGAUCUAAACAAGCCUAUGUGUAAGGAAUACAGGAAUGUCAUUUUGUAAGUGUGACAUGAGGAUAGAAUUGUGUCUGUACAGCGCUACGGAAUAUGCUGGCACAAUAAAUAAUAAUAAUACGUGAUAAAGAUCUUAAUCCCUUAAGGACCAAACUUCUGGAAUAAAAGGGAAUUAUGACAUGUCACACAUGUCAUGUGUCCUUAAGGGGUUAAUCUACUUGUAUUUAUUAAUACAUGUCAUAUGUGUGUGUAUAUGUCAUAAUUUUGUCAUAGUAGCAUUGCGAUAGUCAUAUAUAGCAAGCUUGAUUAAUACAGGAAGUAAAAAAAAUCUUUCCAGUGAAUUUUCAUAUUCAUGCAAAGUCACAUGAGAUAAAAGUGAUAAAACUCAGGAUAUCAGCCGCCCCCACGCUGUAUUCAUUUUCAUGAAGAUUAAACGGUUUUAUCCACUAAAGAGUAAGUCCUGGUGUGGUGACAAAACGGAGUUACAAAAUAUUGUUCUGGGGUCAGUGGAUGUAUGUAGUGUGCAGUGGCUGUAUGUAAGGUGUGUGUGGUCGGUGCUGGAUGUAUGUAAUAUAUGUAGUGUUUUCUAGCUGCAUAUAAUGUUUGCAGUGUGUGUCCUUUUUUCAGUUUGUGUCCUGCAGUUGAGGAUCCAAGGUGGCACUGCAAGGGUCCUAUAGUUGAAAUACAUUUUUAGUUAAUUAUUUUUGGGGGUUUAGUGCUAUGAACCUGGCAAGUGUGAAAAUUGAUGAACAAGUUGCUGAAAUGAGUGAUGGUUGGAGGAUAGGCUUGCAUCCAUUGUUUUAAGAUUAUUUUUCUGAUUUAGUGAUGUAAUGUUGAAAAGAUUACUAUUUCCAUAUGCUGGUAUGGUUUUCUCCAUCAAUGAUUUUAUAUGUACAGCGCGCCUGUGGACUUAAAGGGACACAGAAGGCACUCAGACCAUCAUCUCAAUGCCCCUAUCACUUUAAACAAUGGUGUUUAGUAGAUAUUGCAAUGUUUUUACUGCAUGGAAAGAGUUCAGAGAAGGGCUACUAAACUGGUUCAUGGAUUGCGGGCUAAAGCUUACAAGGAAAGGUUAAAGGAUCUUAACAUGUAUAGCUUGGAGGAAAGACGAGACAGGGGGGAUAUGAUAGAAACAUUUAAAUAUAUAAAGGGAAUCAACACAGUAAAGGAGGAGACUAUAUUUAAAAGAAGAAAAACUACCACAACAAGAGGACAUAGUCUUAAAUUAGAGGGACAAAGGUUUAAAAAUAAUAUCAGGAAGUAUUACUUUACUGAGAGGGUAGUGGAUGCAUGGAAUAGCCUUCCAGCUGAAGUGGUAGAGGUUAACACAGUAAAGGAGUUUAAGCAUGCGUGGGAUAGGCAUAAGGCUAUCCUAACUAUAAGAUAAGGCUAGGGACUAAUGAAAGUAUUUAGAAAAUUGGGCAGACUAGAUGGGCCGAAUGGUUCUUAUCUGCCGUCACAUUCUAUGUUUUUAAAACCACCUCUGCAUGUGGCAGCAGUGAGUUUCUGCUCUGGAACAAAUGUAAUUAAAAACCUUUUAUUUUCAAUUAACUGGGGUGCAGGGGAGACAACCAACUAGUGAAGAAAACACUAUAGCGUUAGGAAUACGUUUGUAUCGUUAAUGCUAUAGCAUUCGUUUGGUACACAUUUGUUGAUACUGCAUUUAUUUUUAUAUCUAUAUAUUGUAGCUAAGGUUUUGAUGUUGUGCCAUAUGGUGGCAGCGAACACCUAAACUUACAUGUAUGUAUGGCCUUUACCACUCUAUUCCUUGUUCCUUUUUUAUUGCCAAUGAUAUCAAAGGUCAGUGUUUUGGGAAAGGUGUAACAGAAUCAUGUGUAUGAUUGAUGUAUGUAAUUGUAAAUCUGUGAUACGAUCUGUGAAGACAGAGCGAUAUCCUAUCAAGUCUACUGAACAUAUAAUAGGUCUUCACUCGGGUGGGUGCAGACCUCCAAAAUAGCUACCCUGCAGUUCCAUCUCUCAGUCGGUGCAUGCUUCGCUCUAACUCACUAAAAAGCAACGGACUGCAAAGGCGCAAAUACUGAGAUGCUCACAUGCCGGCCAUACAGCACCGGUACUGUCCUUCCUAUAACAGCAGCCAUGACACUUGUCUGCAGCAGGACUAAAGGCCAAAAUAAACUGCCUGCCUGUGCUUGGAACUACAAGUCCUGGGCAUCGUGUGAUACAAAUUCCACUUCCCUGAAUAGUGAAUUGAAAACAAAAACUAUAAAAAUUAGGUAAAAAUUGCUGAUUUAGAAAAAAUCUCCACCUAAACUAUAGUCACAGCUUGACUGUUUAAGUAGAAAUUUUCAAUGUGUUUUUCGGUUGACCUUAAUUUAUAGUAUGGUAGUGAGUUAACCGCCUUGUGACUAUUUUUUCAAAGAUUUAGAGGGUAGAAGAAUUUUGAUUAACAAUGUGAUAUGUCUGCAAAACAAAAGCCUUUGCCCUACUUCUUGACGGUAUGACGUAAUGUUAUAUUAUUAAGAUCUUUAGUUCCUCUAACUCCCUCCAUUCUCAUCUGUCACAUCCAGUUUGCUCACUAUAGACUGUUGGAAAGACGUCCCAUGUACUAGUGAAAAUGAUUUAUUCACUAAACACAGAAUUCUAGUGAAUUGAAAACCAAAAGGCAAAAAUUCUCCAACUCAGCUAUACCAGAGCUUGGCUGAUUUUACAUUUUAUUUCCCCACCUAGCUUAGAGUGUCUCUCUGCUAGUAACAGGCAGCUUGUGGUCUACAUCUCCAGCGGGUGGAAACCAUUAUAUGUCGAUUCAUGCCCCCCUCCAGGUCCAAUGGUACCAAGAGGGAGGGGAGCAUUAAGUAAAUACCAUAUUUUUUUUUUAUUAAAGAAAUCUAAGAAGACAGAAAGUCUCCUAACCUAGGCUUCAAUUAAAUUUGAAAAUUAUUGAAUGGAUUGGGCUGAUAUUUUUUAAUCAACUUUCGACUGGUUUUAAUGUUAGUCUGAAUUCUAUCAGACACCUUUUUUACCGACAGAAUUAAAUCAAAGCCUUGGUUUGGUUUAUUGAUAAUUUGGUAUCUGUAGUGUCCUGCUUAAUAUGUAGCAAUAUAAGUAGCUUAGUGAUUGGUGUAAUGUAAGCGGCUGGUGAGGAAUCUCCCUUCAGCAGAUGUAACUCUUGUUACCUAGAUACUACUCUUAUUAAUUCUAAUAACAUUGUAUGGUUAUUAUUAAUAAUGUAGGAUAGUUGUUACUUCUUUGCGACUUAGGGGUAUCCCUUAACCACUGUUAGUUAAAACUACAAAAAUACCUAGCUGAUACACUUAAAGGGUACCUGUCAUGCCCUAACCUACUUUAGCAGUUUUUUUUUUGUUUUUUUAAAAGCAUGACAUUUCAUUUUAAAGGAUCACUAUAGUGUCAGGAAAACAAAGCGGUUUUCCUGACACUAUAGUGCCCUGAGGGUGCCCCCACCCUCAGGGUCCCCCUUCAGCCACUUACCUUAAUCCAGCUCUCAUUGGGACAUGUUGUGCAUGCAUGGAAAUAGCUGCGCUCCACCAACAAUGCUUCUUAUUGAAACAAGUGGUUCUGUAGAGAAGUACUCCUAAAUUAGAGUCUCGCUAUCACCUAGACUGACAGUAGGUUUUACAAUUAAUGGUACAAUCAUAAAAGUACAUUUUUUUCUUGAAAUUGGCUCUUUAGAAAUAAUUCUGCACGGACAUUCAGUUAAAGGAUCACUAUAGUGUCAGAAAAACAAACACUUUUUUCUGACACUAUAGUGCCCUCACCCUUCAGCCACUUACCUUAAUCCAGCACCGGGCUCCCUCAGAGCUGGUGACCUCUCCUCCCCCGUCUGACGUCAGCGGAGCCGAAUACGCAUGAGCAGCAAGUGCCGCGCGCACAUUCAAAGUGUCCAUAGGAAAGCAUUUCUCAAUGCUUUCCUAUGGACGCUCUGCGCGAUGGAGGUGAAAUGUGCCUCCAGCAUAGCAGAUGCGCCUCUGGUGGCUGUUUGGAAGACAGCCACUAGAGGCUGGAUUAACCCCAAAUGUAAACAUAGCAGUUUCUUGGAAACUGCUAUGUUUGCAUCUGAAAGGUUAAAACCUGAGGGACCUGGCACCCAGACCAGUUUAUUGAGCUGAAGUGGUCUGGGUGACUAUAGUGUCCCUUUAACAUUGUGCUAGCAGUUUUGCUAGCAAAGAUAUAGAUUGGGAGACAAACCUGUUUAAGAAAUAGGUUUUUCUCCCACCUAUAAAUCAAUUCUUUGGCAUAGACUUAAUGUUGAGGAAUUGAUUUAUAAAGGAGAGCAGAAGAGACCUCCCACAGGUGGUCCUUCUGCUAUCUGUCCAUAGCAACCACAGCACAUGCACUGUGGUUGCCAUGCUAACUCCAUAUCUGGUGUUAACCUGCUAGUGCCGGCCAGGGAGUUUAGAAGUCACUCUGUUCAGACACUGGCAUGCUGUAAAUAUAGCCAUAGUGUCAACGUCAUGAGGGAGGUUUGCCCUGUUUGGAUAAGUGUCCCCAGGCAUGGCAAAUUAGUGAAGAGAGCCGGAGGGGCAUGGGCAGACUGUCGGUGGGUGUUACAGAAGUUUAGAAUCUGUAAUAAGAUUGCAGCUGGGGAGAGGAAGCUGAGGUAAGUGGUGGUAGGUAAUGGAGGUUGAGGUAAGUGGUGGUGUUGGUGGUAGGUAAUGGAGGUUGACUUAAGUGGUGGUGGUAGGUCAUGGAGGUUGAGGAAAGUGGUGGUGGUAACAAGAGUAACAAGUUCUGUAUAAGAAGUUCUAUCCUUUGUGGCUGAGAGUUCUAUGGGCAAUGUUUAAUAAGGCCCCUUUUGGAGACAGGUGGGGGAUCACUCAUUUAGUACAUUGAAAGCCAAUGUAUUUUAUUAAUUUUUCUUUGUAAAGUACAGAAUACAAGGCAUCAAGUUAUAAUAAUGACAACCAGAAAUUGAGCAUGCCAUAGAUAUAGUGUGGUAGGAAAAACAUAACUAAUAAAAAAAAAACAUUGCAAUAUUAAGAACACAUAUAUCGUGGCUUGGUAGCACCGACUAGUUACUCAUCCAGAAAACAAUAGAUGCGAGAGACACAUCUCUAUUUACUAUUUUUAAUAUAGACCUGUCAUACGCAGGAGUUUAAGAUGUUGCGGUUGGGGGGUGCUUUCAGAAAACAUAUAUUUUGUUUCAUUGUGAGUGUAUGUUGAAUCACUAGGUUAGGAAACUUUCUAUAUUAUAAAUCACUAAUUUGUAUUAACUCUUUCCUUCUUUGAGUUCGUACAAAUGAGUGGGUUAUGACGAGGACAGUCCUAGUGCUUUCUCACUGGCAAGAGGUUACUGGACUAAUGCACCACAGACAACCUGUAUUCAACACUUCCAUACAUAUGUAAAUCCAUAGAUAGACCUUAUACAUACACAACACUUUUACUGCACACCAUGAGAUCCUCCCAUUGGACCCCCAGGUAACUGCAUCACAGGACCCAUUGGGCCACCAGCCAGGCUCUGACUUAUUGGGUCAUCAGGAAGGUGGACUCAGACCCCACCUGAUCACCAGGGAAUUGACACUGAGCCACCAAGGAAUAGAGAACUUUGCCCCAUGUGUAAGCAAGGGUGGAUGCAAAAAUUGAAUUUCUUUAAUUAUGUAUUUUUUUCACUUAUUGUAAUUUUUUUUAAAGGCUGGAACACACACAGCCUCACCACACUAAACACACAUAGCCACAUACUAUCCUCACAGCUACCCACACAUCAACAGACAUCCACACACAUCUAUCACAGCUAUUAACAAACAGUCACAAACAUCACUCACAAACACCCUCCCACAGCAACACACAUCAGCCACACACAUAACUCACUGCUACACACGUAGUAACACCAUAUCACUCACAGUUACAGCACCUGCAGCUACACAACACGUAGUAACAAGAUAUCACUCAGAGUUACAGCACCUACAGCUACAGUAUAAGUUGAAGUGAUGUGAAUGCUGUGCAUGCCUAUACACAAACAGCCAGGCAUGCACAGCAUUCACAUUCUACCUAUAGGUGAUUUUUAAAGUUUUAUUAAAUGGUAUAAUGUCCCAUUUAAAGUAAAGUAGCAAGUUAAACCACAGUUUUCUAGUGUCACUACCAGUGUCUGCUUUUCCACGCAUUGACAUUCAGUUAAUGGAAAGAAUGGAAAUUUACUUGAUCAGUCAAAAGUGAUACAAGUUACAUUAUGUGUAGUUUCCACUUAUGUAUUUUUGUUGACCUUCUCUGGGGACCCCUCCCAUACAUUAAAUUAAACCAUUAACAGGCAUUGUACCCGCUGAACAACUGUUAAGUAGAUCCAUGCUCAUUAACGUAAUAUAUUACACGUUAGGCUAGGAACAUACCCCUUUCUCUUGCUGCUGGUCAGUACAUGAAAACUGCUGCCCUGCGGAAUUAAUUUGCUGCAGAAGGGGAGUCAGUUAGAGCCUGCUGUAGUGGUUAGAAUCCAGAAGCACCCUGGCCCUGUUCCCUGAUAAAUGGGCAAACCGUUUAGCUAUGGUUUGCCCGCUUACCUGGGUCAUGCUGGGUUCUGUGUCUAUUUAUGACCUCUGGCUUCUGCAGAGCGGACCUCUCUCAGCCAAUAACUGACAUUCUGUGCAAUGAAAGAAUUGAUACUAGCCCGCAUAGAACUGUUGUUCUAGGCUGGCUAAUGACUCCACAAUAGCUUGCCGGAGGUGGAGGUACACCACCAUCAGUGGAUGGUUCAAACUCCAUAUAGGCAGCAUUGCGUAACUUCACAUACAGACUCCUGGCACCAUGACCACUUCAAAUCCCUGAAACGAUCGUAAAGAGCUUAGAGUAACUCUUUAAUCUCUCCUUGGCUGAUUCAUUUAUAUUCUCUUCUGCAACAGUGCGAUUCAGCAUGCUGACAGAAAGCAUAUUUCCUGUCCUGCCCAACAGCACGGUGAGGCGCUAACAUUUCAGGAUGACGAGGUGGGCCAGGUGUCAAUUAAAAUGACUUGCUAGAUGUGUGUUUCUUCAACUAGAAGUAUGCAUAUGUGUUUUCUUGUUUUUAUGAGCACUCGUGUGAAAACCAACAUGCAGCUGUAAAAAUACAAAAUAUAUUGUCUGUUAAAGCAAACCACAGCUUGAAUUUAACAUCUAGGGUGCCAUGUAGGGGGUGGUGUGAACAAUAUAUGCUCCCUGGUGUUAAGAAGGGGGGGGGAGGGGUUUGAAGAGGUGUGGAAUAAAUUUAUAUAAAUUGAUCCCAGUGAACAGGAGAAUUUGUAAUGUUUUUUUGUUCUAUAUAGUUAACAAUGAUGUGUUUGUUUGGUCUGAAAAAUUAAAUUGAAGAAUCACUAUAGGGUCAGGAACACAAACAUGUAUUCCUGACCCUCCUCUUCCUAACGUCAGACGGUGGGCGAGACAUCCUGCCCGCCGGCUGAGGAGACCUAAUGCGCAUGCUAUGGAGCAGGAAGUGCCCCCUAGUGGCUGUUUAGUAGACAGCCACUAGGGGAGGACUUAACCCUGCAAGGUAAUUAUUGAAGUUUAUAAAAAACUGCAAUAAUUACACUUGCAGGGUUAAGGGUAGUGUGAGUUGGCACCCAGACCACUCCAAUGGGCAGAAGUGGUCUGGGUGCCUACAGUGUCCCUUUAACCCACCAUUUAGGUGGCUUGCUCCCCCUGAGCCCCCCUAUUGAAGUUUAAAACUCACCUUAUUUCCAGCGCUGUGUGGGUCUGCCGGUGCUGGUUCCGCCCCCUUCGUGACAUCAUCAAAAUGGCCAAUUUUUUGCCAAUCCAAUGCUUUCCUACAGGAAAGCAGUGGAUUGGCUAAAAUUGGCACGGGGCCAAAUGCCGUUGAAUCAAUGCAUCUCUAUGAGAAAAAUUCAGCGUCUCCAUGCAGAGGGUGGGGAUCCUGAACGGCAGGGCUGCCUACUGUGCAGCCCUGAGCCAGGCAGCACCUCCAGUGGCCAUCUAAAGGCAGUGUGUACAUGAAAAUGCCUGAAGGGAACCAUUAUACUCACCAGAACAACUACAUUAAGCAGUAUUUAGCCAUAUCCUUGAACGGAGUACCUCCACCUUCUCUCCCUUUUGAUUAUUGUUAUAAACUCUACCAUUUUCUGCCAUUGAACAUUGAAAGUAGAAUAGAAGCAAUGGAGGAUAUGUAUAAAAGCCCGCGUGUUUUAAAAAAUGGUUCAAAGAUGUAAAAGGGGUAGUCACCCAUGGAAUGUGUCAGCUGGUUCCACUAGUUCCCAUGGUGACUGCCCACUUUGGUACUUGAUACCACUUCCGAAACAUGACACUUUUUAGGAAUAACCCAAUCAAAUUUUCAUUCUCAUUUGCAAUGUUUGCCCAUGCUGUACAUGACAAUUUUUACUGACAUCACAAAUUUGAUUGUGAUGUCACUAAACAUUUAAUAUGAAUUUUACAGUGCUACGGAAUUUGCUGGCGCUAUAUAAAUAAAAUAAUAAUGAAAGAAAAAAGUGCUUCCUGUGAAAAAAAGUUAACGCAAGUUAAAGGUACAGAAACACUACAACUUUAGCUCUUUAAAAAAGAGAAUUAAAAUAAAUUUAUACAUUGUGUUAUAUUUCUUAUAGUUAAAUUUCUACAGACUGGGAGAAAAACAGAUUUAUUAAUAUUUUUUUCUCCAACCUGACAAUGCGUUCUUUGGCAUUCCCUCUAUGCCGAAGAACUGAGCAGUAGAGACCUCACACAGAAAGACCUUCUGCCGUCCAAGCAUAGCAACCACGCUCUUGUGCUGUGGUUGCCAUGGAAACCUCCUAGUGAGUGCCGCUACCGCUGUCUAGGUAGUAUAGGAACAGUAACAUAAGUCGGCAUGCUGGCAAUGAAGUGCUCCCAAGAGGGGCAAAUCAGUGAACAACAGAGGAGGAGCGCAGAGGGACUGGAGGUGGGUGAUAAAGAAGUGUAAAACCCACCUCUCUAAUGAGAUUGCAGUGGCAGAGCAGAGGCCAAGGUAAGUGGUUACAGGAUCCCUUUAAUGUGGUGGUUCUUGUACAAAGAACCUGUCCCUGCAGGCUGACAAUUGUAAGCACUCCCUUUUCUGAGAAAAGGCAAUGUUCAUAUUUGUCCCUAAGGCAACCUUUAGUGGCGAUCUCUCAGACAAUAUCUCUAUAGACAUGCAUCUCUAUAAGGAGAUGCUGAUUGGUGCAAUGUGGCAAUUGCUGUGCAUGCAUACUAGCACCCACUGAUUUCUAUUAAGGAAGUAUUGGAUUGGUUGAGAUCAUCAGCGCACCAGGGAACCAAAGUUGAGUAAAAAUUAUUUUUUUAACUUUUUUUUUUUUUAAAUAGAAAGGAAAAAACUUUAUAAUUAGGAAUACAUGAGAUUGUAUUCCUAACUUUGGAGUGUCCCAUUUAAAGGUGAUUUUCAAUGUUUUAUUCAAUUUGGUAAUUUUUUAAAUUAUUUUCUUCACUCACAGAUAAAUAGGAUCAUUACAAAAUAUCAUAGUAGUAUGCCUUUAAUUACUGAGGGGUGCCAUUUUUCAGCACACUGUGACUAAUGUUCACAGACACUUUUUAAGGUGUGAACAAGCUCAGUUUGUCACAAGCAUUUGCCUUCCAGUAACGGAGGGGAGGGGGUUACAUACUUCACUUACAAUUUUUUAUUUUUUUUUUACUUAAGUGAGACAUCAAAAUUAAUUUCAGAUUUAAGAGUAGCUGAGUGGGAAGCAAAACUGGCUUUUUCCACUUUGGCUACGUUGACCUUAAAUUUGAAACUCACUUUGAAUUCACUGUGUGUUUUUAACGUUAAUUGACCCUGCAAGUCAUAUAAUUAUAAUACAUUAAUUGAUUGAAAUAAAGACUUUCAGUUAUAUUUUUUAAUGCAGGUUUCUCAUCUGAAGAACAAUGGCUACGAACUGCAAUCACUCCUUCUCGGACAUCCAGAUAAACUACCUGGGACCGGUGUACGGGGUGGAGUUUGUAUUGGCUCUGUUAGGGAAUGGCUUUGCAAUCUGGCUCCUUGGAGUGUCAAAGGAUCGUCAUGCAGGCAUCAUCUUUUCUCUCAAUCUGGCAGUAAGCGACCUCUUGUACGCCUUGUCAUUGCCUCUACUAGUGGCCUAUUACGUAAUGAAGAAGAACUGGACUUUUGGUGCUGCAUUGUGCAAGAUUGAACGUUUUCUUUUCAACUGUAACCUCUACGGCAGCAUAUUUUUCAUCACUUGUAUAAGUGCUAACCGCUGUUUGGGGAUUGUGUACCCAUUCUAUGCCAGGGGGAGGGUUGAGAGCAAACAUGCAAAGUUUGUUUCUUUGGGUGUGUGGAUCCUGGUAGCAAGCAUCUCUUCUCCAGUUUUUUUCUUCUCGGAAUUGGAGGCCACCUCAAAUGGGCAGGAGUGCAUAGGAACAGCUCGGAGCAUCAAUCUGAGCUCUUACAUGCCAUAUAGCCUUUUUCUGGCUGGGUUUGGUUGUGUACUUCCGUUUCUUAUUACGUUACUGUCCUACAUUGGAAUUGCACGUGCGGUGUGGAAGAGCCACAGCUUAGAAUCACGGGAGAAGAUGAAAGUCAUCUAUAUGGUGUGUAUAGUCAUUGCUCUUUAUUCCAUCUCCUUUCUACCAUAUCACAUUCUGAGAAACCUCAACCUGUACAACCGAAUGAGCAAGCCAGAUUGCCUGUGGUCUCGGCGUAUUCAUUCGGCUUUUCAGUUGACCAGAGCUCUUGUGGCCUUGAACCCUUGUAUCCAUCCACUAUUGUAUACUGCUGUGAUGAACAAUGUCAGAGAACGGUUGGGAUGCUGCCAGAAAAACGAAAUAUCCAAAUCAGAGGAAGACUGCCAUCUCUAAGCUUUACUUUACUUUGGGCACUUGGAUUGGCUAAAGUCUUUAUUUAGCUGGACUUAAAAAGUCCAUGGAUGGUACAUGGAAUGAAGGGGGAAAAAAAAUAUGUGUGAGAAAGUGAUCAAGAAGUAACAGGUGCAGGAGAAAAAAAAUGUUUUGUACAUUUAUGUAGGUGAUUUAAACAUGAGCAGUUACAACACAGAGGAAAAUAACAAUUUAAACCUAGUUAGAAACACUGUUAGUACAUAGGCCAAAUACACAGAAAACAUGAGAUAUAAACAUAUGGAGCUUAAUCUGCCACAGCUAAUAAUCAUCUCAUUUUGAUAAAUCGUAAGUGAAAUUGUGAUUAACCUUCUAAAAUGGUAUGUACAAAUGUUGGAAGGACACCCACCCAAUUUAUGCAACACAGAAAAAAAAAAAUCCUUCAUGCUUUGGUGACUCCCAGUGACUCUUUGGUGACAGAUUACAGUGGGUUGGCAAUUCCAGUCAUUUGCUGCUGGCUCUGCCUCUUUGGCUGACAUCACUAGAAGUGAUUAUCUCAGCCAAUCACAAUGCAAAGGAGGUGGGGCAGAGCGAAUGCCACCCUAGCCAAUCAGCAUGUCCGCAUAGAUAUGCAUUGAAUCAAUGCAUCUCUUUGAGGAAUGUUUAGUGUAUCCAUGCAGACAACUACCAGACAUGCAAGUCACGUACCAGAGUAUUUUUUUGGAAUACAAAAAGGAAAACCAUUGCAAGGGCUGUUUCUGUAAAAUCCCUUACGAAUGGAGAAAACCCCUUAAUGUAUUGAUGUUUCUCUCUGGUUUGAUGGUUGUAAUAAGCACACAUUGAUCAGAGCCAUUGGCACACAGUAAGGGGUUCAAAAUGUAAACUAAUUUUUCUUCUCAUUUAUAAGUGUGUUUUAGCAUAUUAAAAUUAAAUAAUGUGUCACCACGUUAAUGUUAUGUAUACAAUUUGUGUCCAUUCUUUUUAUUAAAUGUGUAUAUAUUUAAAUGCCGUCACAGAUAAGGUAGACUGUGUUAGAGCGUGCAGUAAAUAUCUGAACGAUUUUUAGCUUUCAAAGUUCUAAAAGAAAACAUCAAAUCAAUUUUAUUUUUCCACUGUUUUGUAGAUAUAUCCCCAAAGAAUGUUUUCUUUUUUUGGGGGGGUUGUAUGUAAAAUCAGCUUGGAAAAGUUACAGAUCCAAUAUCUGAAAAAAUGUGCUGGAGAUAGAAAGAGGGAAGCGCGUGCAGUGGCUGCAAUCUGUGACAGCAGAUUGAUAAGAGGCCCACAAUCAAGAAAUCUCUGUGCUGGAGCCACACUUCAGUGCAGCCUUCUAUUGUUUACGACUCCAGUCAAUAGAAGCACUUUGUGUGUCUUGGGUGUUCCUUUAAACUAGGAAAUACACAUAUUAAGACAAAAUACUUAAAGGAACAUUGUAGGAUCAGGAACACAAACAUGUAUUCCCAACACUAUAGUGUUAAAACCACUAUCAAAUGCCCCCGAUUCCCCUCUAAAUAUAUUAAAAUCUUACUUGUAUUCAAGACUGCAUCUGACAUCAGAAGUGGUGUUCUGACACAUUCACAAUUGAAUCAAUGCAUCUAUGAGUAAAGUUCAGUGUCUUCAUGCAGACGGUGGAGACACUGAAUGUCAGUCACAGUGUGCAGCAAUGCCCCAGGAAGCACAUCUAGCAGCCAUCUGAGGAGGGGCCAGUGGAGGUAACACUAGGCUGUAAUGUAAACACUGCAUUUUCUCGGAAAAGACCGCAUUUAAUGCAAAAAGCCUGAAGAAGGGGAUGAUUAUACUCACCGGAAACAAAUACAAUAAGCUGUAGUUGUUCCGGUGACUAUAGUGUCCCUUUAAAGGGGAAAUAAAAUUUUAGACCUGAUAUAGUUGAUCUGGAAAGUAACAAUUUUAAGUUCUCUUGUUGAUGCCACAAUUCUCAGGAUAGUACAUAAAUCUGUACAAUUUGAGGACACGUGUAUAGAGUAAGAAUGUCCAAUAAUAAAAUUAAAAAAACCCAUCCAAGCCAUUACAAUAUGCUUAUAAAUACCUAGUCCCUAAAGCAUGCACGUGCCCAUUAGAGUUGGGAAAUAACCCUCUUUCCAGCUAACUGGCUCAGUUAUACAAUUUAAUAGUGCAUCUUGAGUGUGGCAGCCACAUACUUUCCUGGGAUAUUCUCAUGAAAUGACAGCCUCUUCCCAUAACUGAGCUCUGUAAAGCUGAGAUUUCCUCCUAUUGUCUGUGCCGUGUGAAUAUUGUUCCUGCAGGUCUUUUGACAUCCUUUCACUUAAGUGUCGGAGCAAGAUUUCUUGAAUGAUAAAAAGGAACUUGACACGUGACCAGAUUUUACCAUAAAAUGUAAUGACCCAUUAGCAUGCAUAUCAGAUCUACAAUUUUAGAAAUUAAAUAC